AGGAGGAGGUGGAGGACCGAGGCGGAGGAGAGCGGGGCUCCCGGGGUGGCGCUGGAAGACCUGCUACGUCCCCCUUUUGUUCUGGGUCGUGUCGGUGUGCGGGGAGGAGAAGACCUUCAUCGUGGAGACCUGGCUGAAGAGCUACGGCUACCUGCUGCCUCACCACGUUGGCUCGUGGGACCUGCGGCAGGAGCGGGCCAUGCAGGCGGCCGUCGCCGCCAUGCAGCGCUUCUACGGCAUCCCGGUGACCGGGGUCCUGGACCAGACCACCAUCGAGUGGAUGCGGAGGCCUCGCUGCGGCGUCCCGGACCAUCCUCACAGCAGCCGGCGGCAGAGGAACAAACGCUACGCCCUGACGGGACAGAAGUGGAGGGACAAGAAGAUCACCUACAGCAUCUCUAACUUCACGCCGAAGGUGGGAGAGAAGGACACGCAGCGCGCCAUCGGCCGGGCCUUCGCCGUGUGGCAGGCCGUCACGCCGCUCAGCUUCCAGGAGGUCCCGUACUCGGAGAUGAAGAGCGAGGGCCGCGAGGCCGACAUCAUGAUCUUCUUCGCUUCCGGUUUCCACGGCGACAGCUCCCCGUUCGACGGCGAGGGUGGCUUCCUGGCGCACGCCUACUUCCCCGGCGCCGGCAUCGGCGGCGACACCCACUUCGACUCCGACGAGCCGUGGACGCUCGGGAACGCCAACCACGACGGGAACGACCUGUUCCUGGUAGCGGUCCACGAGUUGGGCCACGCCCUGGGCCUGGAGCACUCCAACGACCCGAGCGCCAUCAUGGCGCCGUUCUACCAGUACAUGGACACGACCAGCUUCACGCUGCCGCUGGACGACCUGCAGGGCAUCCAGAAGAUCUACGGAAUCCCCACCGCCAUGCUGGAGCCCACCCGUCCGCUGCCCACCCUGCCGUCCCGGAGGACGCACCCCGACCGCAAGCCGGACCGCCACGCCCGGCCCGCCCGGCCCCCCGGCGACCGGCCCGCCCUGCCCGGCAACGGCAAGCCCAACAUCUGCGACGGCAACUUCAACACGGUGGCCGUCUUCCGGAGGGAGAUGUUCGUCUUCAAGGACCGCUGGUUCUGGCGCCUCAGGAACAACCAGGUCCAGGAGGGCUACCCGAUGCAGAUCGACCAGUUCUGGAAGGGUCUGCCGCCGCGGAUCGACGCCGCCUACGAGAGGUCGGACGGGAAGUUCGUCUUCUUCAAAGGCGAUAAGUUCUGGGUGUUCCGGGAGGUGGCGGCCGAGCCGGGCUUCCCCCGCGGCGUGGCGGAGCUGGGCGGCGGCCUGCCACGGGACGGCGUGGACGCGGCGCUGCGCUGGGAGCCCGUCGGGAAGACCUACUUCUUCAAGGGGGACCAGUACUGGCGCUACAACGAGGACAAGCGCACGGCCGACCCCGGGUACCCCAAACCCAUCACGGUCUGGAAGGGCGUCCCGGAAGCCCCGCAGGGGGCCUUCAUCAGCCGGGAGGGCUUCUACACCUACUUCUACAAGGGGACGGACUACUGGAAGUUCGACAACCAGAAGCUGACGGUGGAGCCCGGCUACCCCAAGUCCAUCCUGCGGGACUGGAUGGGCUGCGAGCGGCCCGAUGCCGAGCGGGCGGGCGGGAAGCGCCGGCCGCCGCCGGACGACGUGGACAUCAUGGUGGCCAUCGACGACGUCCCCGCCCCGGUGGACGCCAUCGCCGUGGUGAUCCCCUGCGUGCUGGCACUCUGCGUCCUGGUGCUGGUCUACACCGUCUUCCAGUUCAAGAGCAAAGCCGUGCAGCCGGGCAGCCUGCCGCCGACGCACUGCUACAAGUACCCGGUGCAGGAGUGGGUAUGACGGGCAGGG